AUGGAAGGUGGAGAGAGCGCCGUUCCCGUGGCUGGCCGUGGGGCUCCAGGUUCUGCAGCAGUGGCGGCGACUGUGCGGGAGCUCCUGCAGGACGACUGUUAUGGUGACUUUUUAAAUGAAGAUUUUGAUGUGAAAGUUUAUACUUCUCAGUCUAUUCAUCAAGCUGUAAUUGCUGAGCAACUAGCAAAACUUGCCCAAGGGAUCAGUCAGUUGGAUAAAGAACUACACCUACAGGUUGUUGCAAGACAUGAAGAUUUACUGGCACAAGCAACUGGGAUUGAAUCUUUGGAAGGUGUUCUUCAGAUGAUGCAGACAAGAAUUGGAGCUUUACAGGGAGCUGUUGAUAGGAUGAAGUCAAAAAUUGUUGAGCCAUAUAAUAAAAUAGUAGCCCGUACUGCACAACUAGCAAGACUUCAGGUUGCCUGUGAUUUGCUUCGGAGAAUAAUUCGCAUCUUAUAUCUCAGUAAGAGACUCCAGGGACAACUGCAAGGAGGAAGUAGAGAGAUAACCAAAGCUGCUCAGAGUCUCAGUGAACUUGAUUAUCUUUCUCAAGGAAUAGAUCUUUCUGGAAUAGAAGUAAUAGAAAAUGAUCUACUCUUUAUUGCAAGAGCACGACUUGAAGUGGAAAACCAAGCUAAACGUCUGCUGGAGCAAGGUGUGGAGACCCAGAAUCCAACUCAGGUUGGAACAGCUCUUCAGGUUUUCCAUAACCUGGGGACUUUGAAGGAUACUGUCAUCAAUGUUGUGGAUGGUUACUGUGCUACUUUAGAAGACAGCAUCAACAAUGCAUUGGACGUCAAAGUUUUGACUCAGCCUUCUCAGCCAGCUGUGAGAGGAGGUCCUGGGCGAGCUACCAUGCCAACUCCGGGAAACACAGCAGCUUUUCGUGCUUCCCUCUGGACCAAUAUGGAAAAACUUAUGGAUCAUAUCUGUGCUGCUUGUGGACAGGUACAGCAUCUACAGAAAGUACUAACCAAGAAGAGAGAUCCUGCUUCUCACAUUUGCUUCAUUGAUGAAAUAGUGAAGGAUGGACAGCCGGAAAUUCUGUACACAUUUUGGAGUGCAGUUACCCAGGCGCUUUCUUCUCACUUUCACGCAGCAACAAACUCUUCUAUGUUUUUGAAACAGGCAUUUGAAGGUGAAUACCCUAAACUAUUACGUCUUUAUAAUGACUUAUGGAAGCGUCUUCAUCACUACAGUCAAAAUACCCAAGGGAAUUUCAGUGCAAGUGGAGCUGCUGACCUCUCUGUUGACCUCCCAAACAUGGAAGAUGAUACUCAAGACAUGUUCAUACUGAAAAGGCCAGAUUAUGAUCCAGAAAAAGCUUUGAAAGAUUCACUACAACCCUUUGAGGCUGCUUAUCUUUCAAAAUCCCUAUCCCGACUCUUCGAUCCCAUCAACUUGGUUUUUCCUCCUGGUGGGCGUAACCCUCCUUCCUCGGAUGAACUUGAUGGCAUCAUUAAAACUAUAGCAAGUGAACUCAACGUAGCUGCUGUUGAUGCAAACCUCACAUUAGCUGUGUCAAAGAAUGUAGCGAAGACCAUCCAGUUAUAUGGUGUGAAAUCAGAGCAGCUUCUCUCUACUCAAGGAGAUGCCAGCCAGGUGAUUGGGCCUCUCACUGAAGGACAGAAGAGAAAUGUAGGAGUGGUGAAUUCCCUGUUUAAGUUGUACCAAGCAGUAGCAAAGGUGGUUGCCAGUCAGGGCUCAUUCCCGUCAGCAGCUGAGCAAACUGUAAUGUCAGCCCUAAAGACAAUUCACGCUCUCAUGGGGAAUGCCAUCCAGCCCUUACUGACUUCAGUGGCAGAUGCGAUCGAGGCCAUUAUCAUCACUAUGCACCAGGAAGAUUUUUCUGGGUCAUUAUCCAGCUCAGGAAAGCCUGAUGUUCCUUGUUCUCUGUACAUGAGAGAGCUACAAGGUUUUAUUGCCAGAGUUAUGAAUGACUACUUUAAGCACUUUGAAUGUUUGGAUUUUGUCUUUGACAACACUGAAGCUAUUGCCCGAAGAGCUAUCGAACUUUUUAUCCGAAAUGCCAGUCUUGUAAGACCUCUUGGGGAAGGUGGGAAAAUGCGACUUGCUACUGAUUUUGCACAGAUGGAGCUGGCUGUGGGCCCACUUUGCAGAAGAGUAUCUGAUUUGGGAAAGUCCUAUCGAAUGCUUAGGUCAUUCAGACCCCUGCUCUUCCAGACAAGUGAGCAUGUGGCAGAGAGCCCAGCGCUGGGGGAUGUCAUUCCGUUCAGCAUCGUCAUUCAGUUCCUGUUCACAAGAGCACCGGCUGAGCUGAAAUCCCCCUUCCAGAGGGCAGAAUGGUCCCAUGCUCGCUUCUCCCAGUGGCUGGAUGAUCAUCCAUCUGAAAAGGACAGGCUCCUCCUUCUCAGGGGAGCCCUGGAAGCUUAUGUUCAGUCAGUGAGAAGCAGAGAAGGCAAAGAAUUUGCACCAGUUUAUCCCAUUAUGGUUCAGCUGCUUCAGAAGGCUAUGUCUACUCUUCAGUGAUAGUCACACCACUGAGGAGUUCCUGAGUGCACACCUAAAAGUGAUACAAUCAAGUCCAGUGAUUGGCAGAGCUGAAACAGAUUCAAGCUCAGUGUUCUUCAUGACAUGUUGCUACAUUUUUAAGAGACGCCAGGGUUUCCUUAAUAUUUGUCAUUUUAUUAAAGAUAGGCACUUGGGCUUUGGAACAAAGACAUGUUAAAAAAUAAAAACUUCUUUUCUACAAAGGUUCUCUAUAAAUAUAAGUCCUUAUUUUUCUAUUGUCUUUACUCCAUUAUUAACAUUCUUUAAUUUUAAAAAUCCCACCAGAAAUCUAAUUAUAACACUAGAAGUCAAUUUUAUCAAGAAUU